UCCUCUUCAUCAUCAUCACGGCCAAGGCUGGAUGUCUCCCUCCUGCUUCCUCUCCUCUUCUUCACUGUCGAGCUCUUCUUCACCAGCCGGAUUACCGGAAUCUAAACGGUAAAGUCUACCUUUUCACACCGGGGGAUGGACGGAUAAGGACCCCGGAUGUCGUGAAGAACCAUCUUCCAAAUUAGACAUGAUAUUGGAUAUUCUGAUUAUUGGCAUAUGGGAAAGAAAUGUGAAAAUCCAUUCUGGGCUCCUGCUGUGCCACUAAGAUUCUUUGAUGGGUAAACGGACCUUUUCCUAAUUGAUGCCAUGGAUGAUUGAUUUUCAAAGUGCUCUUGAGGAUGCUGUAAGCUCAGAGCUGUUUCCAAAAUGAGUGAGCAAGAGCCCUUCGAUGAGGGGGAGCUGAGGAAUAACAACCAGCAGGGUGGCGUGCCGACUGAAGGCGACGCCAACGCCAAUGAAAUCCAGACAGAGGACGGUGAGAUGACGGGUGAUACUGGCACUCUGUCUGGGCUCGUGACUGAUACGGCACAGCAGGACAAAGUCAUCAUCUGGGGCACAGACUCCCAGUGUGACGACCCUGACCUGGCUGAGUUUGAGAUGCUGGAGUGUCAGGAGCUGGAGGCCUACCUGGUCGAGGAUGGAGAGGAUUUUGUCGGGCUCACAGACCGGAAAGAGGCAUCACGCAGCAAAGCUACAGUAGAACAGGUGGAGAGAAAGUCUACUCUGCCUGGCGCCAGUGAGCAAGAAGAGAGCAGAGAGGCGUCUAGGACUGAGUUAAGCUCAGAAACCGAUGUCUUUGUAACCUGUCUGUCCACCAUUUCAAGCAUGGACACUGCUAUGGACACUGCUGGCAGAACCCAGACAACAGACUCUUGGCACGUUGCCUCUGGUCCUUACUCAACCAUCUCAGAAGACUUGACUCUGGUUUCCCAGACUGGCAACAGCAUCAGCGAGAGAGACAAGGCCUCUCAAAUAUCUGAUCAUCCUCCCCUCUCCUCUGGAAAAAGCACAAUACACAGGAACGAUGUGGACAUGAAUUUGAAUUCAACAGUCCACUCAGAGGAUGUGGUACCAAUGGCACAAGUGAGCAUUGGAGUUGAUCUGUGUCAGGAUGUCAUUGACGAGCACAGGGAGAACAAUAACCAGAGAAAUAAAGCAGGCAAUACCAUUUCAGAGGGAGGAUGUGAUCGAAGAAGAAGUUCAGAGCACAAGGGUUUACCCGCUGCAAAAAUAUCACAUGAAGAAAGCACUAAAAUGGAUAAAAGCACACAAGCUGAUGAGGCCCCUGAUGCGAACUACAGCCCACCCAAAAUGGGUACAAAGGGGACUCAGUCAUCAAUUGAAUCCAAAGCCAUAAAGAAACAAGGAUCAUUUGAUAACUCGUUGAAAAACCAAAACUCUUUUGACAGGAGUAUCAAAAAGCAGCCAUCGUUUGAGAAUACUUUAAAGAAGCAGCUCUCCUUUGAUAACACCUUAAAAAAGCAGGGCUCUUUUGAGAACACCGUCAUCUCCGGCUCUUCAAGUCUGGAGAGGAGGAAGCCGUGGGGAAGCCCCAGUCGGCCAUCUACUCCUACUUCCCCUAAAACAACCUCCUGUUCCCCCAAGAGACGGCCGUCCGGUUCUCCAGCCAAGGUCCAGAGCAUCAGGGUGCUGAGCCUGGAGCGCAGCGACUCCCCUCAGAGAGGUUUAAGUCAAACAGUCAGACCACCAGGUAAGACCAGUUUGAGCAGCUGCAUCCCUAAACCUGUCUCGUCCCAGCAGAAAGAGACAGAACCCAGGAGGUCUUCUCCUCCCCAGAAGCCUAAAAACGUCCGACCGAAAAUCAUCACCUACGUUCGAAAGAAUCCUCAAGCAAAACCACAAGUGAUGGACGCCCCACUCGAAGCCUCGGCACUAAGACUGUCCUCUUACUCCAGCCCACCAGCUCAUAAAGAUCCAAACGUUGUACCUCAACCUAAAUCCACACCGGUGCUAUGUUCCUCCAACCUGCUGUUUGACAAAUAUCGACAGGAGAUGCAGAAGGCGGGGUACUAUCCCCCAGGCAUGGCUGCCUCUGGGGUAAAACCUCCGAGCAGCACCAUCCCUCAAAGGCUGGGUGGGAAGUCGGGCAGUUUUCAUGAGGAUAUGUCUGAGAAAUAUCUCCAAGAGCAUGUUUCCCAAGAUGGAGGCAGUGUCUACCGCUCACCCAGAGCUUUGAGGCCUCAGCUGGGGUUAGGGGCCGUCACCAGGCAGCCUGCAGCCAAGACAAGAGUUCAGCAAACAGGUCAAAGGUCAGCCCCGGCGCCAGGCCAGUCCGCUCAUGCAGUCGGAGCGUCCACCCAAGGCUACCAGGACCCUGCAGGAGAGCAAAAGAGGUCAGGAGAAAGAGGUCCAGAGACCACCCCCAAGGGCGCCCAGCUCAAACCAGGCCAUUCUGGUCUCCGUCCUCCAGGCUUCUCAGGCCUGCCAGCUGUCCGUCUGGCCUCCUUCGGCUUCGCCCGGACCUCCAGUGUCUCGUCUGUGUCCAGCAACCAGUCAAACGACAGCAGUCACAGCGAUCCCUGCCGACCCUCUCAGCAUCCCGGCAGUGGCAGCGAUGACACACCUGUCCACAACGCCACAGCGCACCCCGGUGAAGCCUCCCAUGCUCAGAGCCGGCCUCAGCCUCCCAACGCCCCCAGCCUCCAGCGCCGCAGUCUGCCGCCGCAGCGCUGCUCACCGCUGGCCUCCAGGAGAGAGAUGCAGAAGGACAUAGAGGCUGCGGUGCCUUUAAAGCCCUCUCCUAAAAGAUUUGCAGUGGUUUCGCCCAAGCCUCAGUCCCCUGUUCGUGGGCGGACAGCAGCAGUUCCCGGUGCUGUUAGGACUGACAGGGCCCAGGAGUUGGACCGGGUUCUGAUCCAGCAGCUGCGGGAACGCUGUGAGCAGCAGGACCUGCAGCUGCAGAGCCUUCAGGCCCAGUUAAAGAAGGCCUCCCUGUGCCUGGACGUGUUCAGCAUCACUACCCAGCACUUCUGUCACAAGAGUGAGAGUGCCAUUGUGAAGGAGAGGGAACUGUCCCUGGAGCUCGCCAGAAUCAGGGAUGAAGUGGCUUUCAGUGUUGCACACUGGGAGCAACUGCAGCAGGAGAAGGAGGAACUGGAGCGUCGUUUCGAGGCUGAGCUGCAGGGAUUGCGGGCUCAGCAGCAGAGGGAGCUGGGAGUGCUGGAGGAGCGGCUGAAGGCGCAGCACGUGGCCGAGGCCCAGAGCCUGCAGGCCGAACAACGAGCCGAGCUGGAGGAGCUACGGGUCCAACAGCAAGAGCAGAUUGAGGAGAUGAGUGAGAACCAUGAGGCUUCCUUGAUGGAGAUGGAGACGGCUCACAAUGACACACUGGCCACUCUGCAGGAGGAGCACGCCAGGACCGUGAAGAAUCUGAAAAUGGCCCAUGAACAGCAGACCAAGUCUCUGGAGGAAGAGUUUGUAAAGAUCAGACUGUCACUGCAGGAUCAGGUGGACACACUGACCUUUCAGAACCGUAGCCUCAGAGAUCGAGCCAAGCGCUUUGAAGAAGCUCUGCGCAAGAGCACAGAUGAGCAGAUUUGGGAUGCGUUGGCACCAUAUAAACACAUUGACGAGGACCUGAAGAGCCUGAAAGAAGUUCUGGAGAUGAAGAACCAACAAAUUCAUCAACAGGAACUGAAGAUCUCAGAGCUGGAGAAAAUACAGGCUGAAAAGAAUGUGUACCUGGAGGAGAGAGUACAAGUGUUACAGCAGCAGAACGAGGACCUGAAGGAGAGAAUAGACAAGAACAUUGCUGUGUCCAGGCAACUCUCUGAGGAUAACGCCAACCUGCAGGUGAACGUGGAGAAGGAGAGCAACGAGAAGAAGCGUCUGAGUCGCAACAACGAGGAGCUGCUGUGGCGUCUCCAGACUGGCGAGCUGAGCCCUCACAUGUCCCCCAGCUCCUCCCCCAUCCAUCGACCCCUCUCUGGACCAGGCUCUCCAGCCCGCCCACACUCCUACCAUCAAUGACACUCUCAACGGAAGCUCUUGUAUCAAACGCUUUCUUUAUCUGGCAUCGGAAGCCCUCAUCUUUUUUAAACUCUUUGUUGAAUGUUCCUACAGAUUUUUUCCAUGUAGAUGGACAGAUGCAUUUCUUGGCAAAUGAAGCUCACCCGUGCAUUUCCAAAGGAAUUUUAACCUCUGACCUAAAGAAUUGUAUGAAUCAUAACGCUUCUUAUUGUUCAAAAGGAGGGGAUUCUCUGCCCUCCUCUUUCUCUAUUCCACCUGAACAAAACAGACGUACUGUGAUACUGCAGUGGAUGAAAGACCAGGUCGUUGUAGACUUCAGAGAGCAGGAUCAGAGUCACGGUGCCUCAUUUCUAUGUUUUCGCCUCCCAUCUACAUCACAUCCUUCUCAUCCAGCGCUCAGGGCGACGGAUGUACGAGACAUAGCAAACAUCCAAAGUGCAACAACGAACACAAGAAGCGCCUUUGCCGUCCAUUUUCUCCCACCAGCAACGUCUAUCCAGGCUAAGGCAAUAGUUUGAGUAAAAUCACAAAGCUACCCACAGUGAGCUACUCUCUUCUUCUCUGGGGUAUGUUAAACCUCUCAUGCUGAAGUAUUUCAUAUAUCAGGAGUGUAUGAUUGACUGCCCAUCUAACCUCAGUCAUCCAUCCUACGUUCUCCUUAAACAACUAGAUAUCAGUGUUGACCUGAAAUGUAUGAUAACAACAACAUAACUCAUAAAUCCAUUGAACUGCCAACACAAUAUAACUAUAGUAUU